ACAGCUCCACCCCUAUUCUAGCAGGUUGCUGGUUAAAAGCGCCACUGCACAGUUACCCAUCAUGAGAAAUACAGGCUCAGUUUGCAAACGUGAGGUAUGCAGCUGUGAUACUGAUGUUGUGCACUCUGGCAGCAUUAACUAAUGCUGCCUGCUGGUUCACAGAAAAGGAAAAACCACGAGUAAUUGUGGACAGCGAUGGAAACACACAGAUUGAAGACACAGCCCAGAACCCUUGCCUGGAUGAGUUUGAUAAUCAGACCUAUCCUGUUGUGUCCACAUGGAGAAGCAGGAAAUGCCAGCGUUGCACUUGCACAGAGAGAGGAAUGGAGUGUUGCGACAUGAUGGGAAGUCCACGUGGAUAUGACAGUGACUGUGAGGCGCAUUAUGACUGGGAGAACUGCUCAUUCAAAGUAGUUAAAAAGUCUGACAAAGGCAUUUCUUGUCCCCACGCUGCUGUUGGGAAAUAACAAGGUUCUACAAGUGCAUUAUAUAACAUGGAUGGCAGAGUGCAGUGCAUCUCUGUUGUGUACACCAUCUGAGACCAUCGAUACAUGGGGAUCAACAUCACUAGUGAAAUAAUAAAAGAUAUCAUGAAA